AUGCAAGCACUAUAAGUAAAGAAUAUUAUAAGUAUUAGUAAAUUUAUUAAACAAUGCUAUUAAAUUUACAAAAGAAGGAGGUUGCAUUCAUUUAAGUUUCAUUGAAAAGGAGUACUUUGGUAUUAAUAUUGAAGUAAAGGAUAAUGGAAUAGGCAUUGCUGAAGAAUAAUUGCAUCUGAUAUAAAGUAGUUUAUAUGACACAAUAGAAUUCGGUGCAAUUUUGAAAUCAAAUUCAGAAAUUAAGAAGAAGGGAUUAGGACUGAGUAUUGUAGCUAAACUUGUUUAAGGGUUAACUGAAUCUUAGGAUAAAUAACUUAUUAUAAGAUCUAUAAAAAAUGAAGGAACAUUUGUUUCAUUUCGAGUUGAUAAUAUGCAACUUAGCUAGAAUGCUUAUCAAUAAUCUUUCAAUUUAUUUACUCAAUAAACAGGGAAGUUUAAUUUAUCUGAGAAAUUAUAUACAUUUAAUAAAAUAAAAAUAGAUGAAUAGGGUGUUAAACAAAUUGAUAAUUCAUUUUUUAAGAUUUAAGAUGAUGAAGUAAACUAAGAUCAAAAUUCAGAAACCUAUAAGGCAACUCCUAGGUUAAAUGAUUUUGAAAUACAAUAAGAAACCUUACUGCCUGUCAGCCCUGAAUAAUUUUAACAUAAAUAUAUGGCUUCUUGUAAAAAUUUAGAUAAUUCAAAAAUUUACUAGUAAAAUUCAAUUUGCUAAAAUUGUACUCAUGUUUUAGUGGAGGAUGAUAUACCAUUUAAUUAAAUAGCUUUGAAAAUGAUAUGGGGUUGGAAUGUUAUUGCAUCAAAAAAAGGCCGUUAAUAUUCAUUUAAAUAUAACGUAGUGUUUUUAGAGAAUGAUUUUAAAACUCAUUAUGUUUCAUAUAGUAAAGGUUAUGCAAUUAGAUCAAUUAAUAGUUAUGAAAAAUUACAAUUUGAUUUUAAUAUUCCUUUUUAAGAUAGAUAGUAUUUAUUACAAUACCAAAUUGUUAUAAUUUAUAACUUUGAAGUUUUGAAGAUACUUGAACCUUAAUAGUAUUCCUAAUGUUUUCGGUUGUUUGAUCAUUAUUAAUAGUUUAAUAAAGGAAACUAAUUUAAUCUAAAAUUUCUAGCUUAAUUUACAAAUGAUAUACUACCAAGUCAAUAUGAUUUAUCAUUAAAUUUAAACUAGCCUCCUAUUUGCUAGGUUAAGUUAGGUUCAAAAACCGUUUAAGCCUUAUAAACAUCAAAAAUUGCAGCAAAUUGUGAAAUUUAGGAAGACUCCACAUUUACUUACUAAUACAGAUUCUUCUUAAAUAAAGAAGACUACAAGAAUUUUUAAAAGUAACUUUCAAAUAUUUCUUUGAUUCUUAAUUGUUUUUAAUAAUCUAAUGUUUUUGAAAUAUAUUUGCCUAAUAGUGAAGGAGUUAUUUUAAUUUAGAUUCUGGAUUCAAAAGGAUCAAUUACAAAUAUUGAAUCGUAUUUAAAUGUUACCGAAUAUAAAUUAAAUUGUUCUGAAUUUGUCAUUAGUAAUAUAAAUUAUAAGCAGCAAAUUAUUUUACUUUUAGAAGUUUUGAUGAACCAUUAUGAAUAAUCUGAUUGUGUUGAAUUUUCUGAAAAUUAUACAAAUUGGCAAUAAGCCUUAUCGAUUCAGAAGAUUUAUUUGAUUAAUUAUUGGCCCUUUAAACCAUAAAAUUAUAGAAAGAUCUAUUAUUAAUUUCAAUAAUUUGAAUUCCUCUAAAAGAAACCUCGCUGA